AAUAACAGCAACAUCAAACCUAUAUACAAUGCAUCAAACAUUUUAUUCACCUCACAACUGUCAUCAAUAUUAAUCAGCUGUAGCAGCCAACAUCGCAUACUAAACAUAUCAUGAUGCUUAUAUCAAUCUAGAACCAAACAAAUAAAAAUUUGUUAUCACAACAGAAAGGUAUUCAUAAGUUCAAAAAAUCUGUGUCUUAGGUUUGAAGUUUAUAUAAGUGGACCGAAUAUAGUGGUAUCGAUAGGAUUUGCGUAUAUAUGUAUAUUGAUCGACAAGAUUGGGAAUGGAUUGGCGGCAAGCAGAAAUUUUUGACCUACUAUCGAUGUAUAGGGAGUCAGAGUGCCUAUGGAACUGUCUUAAUCCAGAAUAUAAAGACGUGAAACUAAAGCAAAAUGCAUGGAAAGAAAUUGCAACGUUUUUCGGAAGAAAUGUUGAAGAAGUGAAGAAGAAAAUUAAAAAUUUACGCACUAGUUACGUUAUAGAGAAAAAGAAAGUCGAUAGUAAAAAAACUAAUUCAGGAGGUUCUCUCUAUGAGCCCAGUUUAUUUUACUAUGAUGAAAUGACUUUUUUGGAUCCCGUAAUCAUUUUACGAAUUUGUAAUCCUACAGAACAGAGUACCGACCCCUUAUGUGAAUUACGAACAAAGCGUUCCUCAAAUGACAAACCUAUUAUUGCUGAAAAGAGUACCGAUUCCAAAAGUGAAUUACGAACAAAACGUUCCUCAAACGACAGACACAUAAUUGCUGAAAAGAAAAAGCACAAAGUGUUCAGCAGUACUCCGAAGGAUAAUGCACAUUCGGAGGUGACACCUGCAAAAAGACUGCGUGUUACAAAUGAUAUACAUUUGGAUAAUGUCCCACAAAACAAAUUAGAAAAUAAAGAUUAUCUAAGUAAAGAAGAUACCUUCUGCACAAUGCUUUGUAGCGAACUUAAAUUACUUAAAUCUGAAGAUAUAUAUGACAAUGUGACAUCUGAAAUUUUUACAAUUCUAAGGAAUGCCAAAAUAGCAGAACGUCAAAACGUAUGCCCGCCCGAAGAAGUUAGCAAAGUAGCUAGUAAAAAGAUGUGAAAGCAAGGUUUGUUCUGAUUCUUAACCAUAAAAUGCAAUGUGGUAUCAGAGCUUAAUUUUUAACUAGAUUUGUUUUUAAAAUAUUUAGUAAAAAAGUAUUAUAUACAAUGAUUUUUGAAAAAAUAAUUGACCGUAACGUAUUACGUUAAUAAUACGAUGAAACGAAGAAAUAA